AAGUAGUAGUUACUAGUUAGUACCUCCUCCUUCUUCUUCUUGAAUCCGCUGGUCUAGCCUAGUUACUCGCUGACGGUGUCGUUUUCUACAUUUAGCUCCGAUUAAUUUGUAGGACUUGUACAGAGAAAUGGAAGAUGUGAUAACGGACAUUCCUCCUCCUUCGAGGUUCUUCUUGGAAGAUCUGAACAUCUUUACUCCUCCAUCACCUCCUCUUCCCUCUCCAUUCCUUCUGUUCUCCAUUUCCAACAAUGGGAAACCUUUCCGCCCUUCUCUCCUUGUAGUUGCAAUAUCCUUUCCAUCACUUCACUUCUUUCAUCAUGUAUCCUCCAAAAAACGGAUUGGAACUUUGAUUCUCCCUGAGAUCCCUUUCUCUGGCAACUCAGUCGAACCCUCUCUUAGAGAUAAAUCCUGUGACAUAUAUGCCAUCAAUAAUGCCGAUGAGUCAAUUGUUGUUGUGUCUGUCCAGUACCCUGUUACAGCAGAGAGAUCUCAUGCUGUGGCAAAGUUGCUGAUAGGUGAGCAGAUCAACCCGGAGAGGGUUUUGAUUCUGGAGUCUGUUCAGAGUCGUAACUUCCGAGGUAAACUUUCAAGGGAUGAUUCAUUUGCAUUCAAGCUGGAGACAUCCUUAGAAAGAAGCAGCAAGAACUCGCCGCUUAUAACUGGAUUGGACUAUUUGCCAUCAGGAAGCAUGGUUGAUGGCUUGGCAGCUGCUCUUUUGGCUCAAUGUCAGUUGAGGAAGAUUAGAGGGAGCCUUUGUCUUUCAUGGCCCGAAUUUGGUUUUUCAUCAAAUUCGCUGAUUAAAAAUAUGCUGCUCAAGGUCUUGCCUGGAAUAGAGCUUGCUAGUAAUAGCAAUGAUGAGGAUUCAUUUUUAAGGAUUGCUCGUGAAAAAGAUUAUCUUGAUUCUGAACUGUAUACAUGAAAUAAUUAGUUCCUAAGCUUGUUUUGUACGUGAAAAUUGCCAUUUUGAUCAUGCCUCUUUAAUUUGGAAAAUCUUCUGACUCAAUACUGGAGUAACACUUGUUGUCAGCUCUAUAUUACCGUAACUUCAAGUUGUUCCAAUUCAGGGCUACAUGUGUCAAUGUGCGUCAGUGGAUUGGAUGUUAUAUUAAGCUGCGAGCUCUGGGAAGAGUUUGAUAA